UGGAAAUAUGCUAAUUACGCUCCUAUAUAUAGCCUUGCAGCACUAUCCACUUUCCUUCUACAACCAACAUUCACAGGGGUAACCUCACGUUCUCUGACAGGCAAACUUCAAGUAAUAAAAUGGGUUCCGAGAAGAAACUACCCUACAAAGUUGCUGACCUCAGCCUGGCCGAGUUUGGCCGCAAGGAGAUCGAGCUGGCCUAGCGCGAGAUGCCGGGGCUGAUGAUGAUGAGAGCCAAGUACGGGAAGGACAAGCCUCUGAAGGGAGCGCGCAUCGCAGGCUGCUUACACAUGACCAUCCAGACUGCCGUUCUCAUCGAGACACUCAAGGAACUGGGAGCUGAGGUAACCUGGUCCAGCUGCAACAUUUUCUCCACACAAGACCACGCGGCAGCAGCCAUGGCGAAGGCGGGCGUGCCCGUGUACGCGUGGAAGGGCGAGACAGACGAGGAGUACAUGUGGUGCGUGGAACAGACCAUCUACUUCCCCGACGGACAGCCACUCAACAUGAUCCUGGACGAUGGUGGUGACCUGACCAACCUUGUGCACACCAAAUACCCACAGCUUCUGGAAGGAAUCAAGGGUCUGUCAGAGGAAACAACCACAGGUGUUCACAAUCUGUACAAGAUGAUGGCCAAGGGUGACCUGAAGUGCCCUGCCAUCAACGUCAACGACUCAGUUACAAAGAGCAAGUUUGACAACUUGUACGGCUGCCGUGAGUCUCUUGUCGAUGGAAUUAAGCGUGCCACAGACGUCAUGCUGGCUGGCAAAGUGGCUGUUGUCGCCGGUUACGGUGAUGUCGGCAAAGGCUCCGCCCAGUCCCUCAAGGCUUUUGGUGCACGGGUCCUCAUCACUGAGAUUGAUCCCAUCAACGCCCUGCAGGCCGCUAUGGAAGGUUACCAGGUGACAACCAUGAACGAGGCCUGCAAGGAAGGAAACAUCUUUGUCACGGCCACCGGCUGCAAGGACAUCAUCAAGGCUGAGCACUUCCAGCAGAUGAAGGAGGACGCCAUCGUCUGUAACAUUGGCCAUUUCGACUGCGAGUUGGAGGUCAAGUGGCUGAACGACAAUGCCAAGAAGGACUCCAUCAAGCCACAGGUCGACCGUUACACCCUGCCCAGCGGACGUCACAUCAUCCUGUUGGCCGAAGGUCGCCUGGUGAACUUGGGCUGCGCCACCGGCCACCCCAGCUUCGUCAUGAGCAACUCCUUCACCAACCAGGUGCUGGCUCAGAUCGAACUGUGGACCAAACCAGACCAGUACAAGGUUGGAGUUUUCGUGCUGCCAAAGAAGCUGGAUGAGGAGGUUGCCGAGGCACAUCUGGAACAGCUGGGAGUCAAACUGACCCGGUUGUCAGACGACCAGGCUGGCUACCUGGGUAUCCCCAAGGAGGGCCCCUACAAACCCGACUUCUACCGUUACUAGUUCUACAGAGGGUAGUCACGCUACGUAACUGUGUAGAGGUAAAAAAACUGUUAGCAAAAUGCACAUUUUGGAACAGAGAGUGUAUCACUCAACAGAAAUAAGCAUGUGUUUACAUGUAUAUCCAUGGAAGUGAAUAAACAUGUGUUAA